AGUGAACCGAGUCAGAACUCUCACCCGAGGCGGGACAUUCCUGGAGCCACUCCUGCAGCCUUCCGAAAAGGGCGUGGUCGAAAUCCAGGGGCGUGGGCAAAUGGGCAUCAGGAGGAAGUUACCUGUUGAAUUUCCCUGUCCUUUCUCUUACCGACCUUUAUAGUUAUUCCUAAGAGGGAAACCGCAGAACAAUAAGCCUCUUCUGAAAAAGAGGUAAUGGGGAGGUAGGCAGGGGCGGCGACUAAGACUGGCUACUGCAUUCCGGAGGAGAGGCCCAACAAGUGCUUUUUACCUGCUAAGCCAAAUGAACUGGUUCACGGGGCGGGCACCUGCAUUUGAGAAAAGGGCAAGGACGAGAAAGGUACUGUAUUUGUUCAUUUUGAAGACUAUACUUAGAAUCUAUCAUCUGCAGACCCAUUUGGGGGACUUCUUUGACCUCAGAAGAAGGGAAGAGCUGGAGUGACUUUGGUAGCAAAAGAAGCCUGUCCUGGUACCUCCCUUGUGUCUUUUGCCUAGCCAAACACUACAGAGUAGUAGCAUGGCUUCCGCCGUCUGGGGGAGUGCCCCCUGGUGGGGCCCGCCGCCCCCGGCCCCAGCCCGGCCUCUCACGGACCUUGACUUCUGCUCUGGGGCGCAGCUGCAGGAACUGACCCAGCUGAUUCAGGAGCUCGGAGUGCAAGAAAGCUGGAAUGACGGGCCUCAUCCGGGAGCAGACCUCCUCCAGGCCAAGGACUUCGUCUUCUCAUUGCUUGGUCUAGUUCAUCGCCAAGACCCCCGUUUUCCUCCCCAGGCAGAGCUUUUGCUACUUCGUGGUGGGGUUCGCGAGGGCUCCCUGGAUCUGGGGCAUGCACCCUUGGGUCCCUACGUCCGCGGACCUCAUUACGACGCCGGCUUCACUCUCUUAGUCCCAGUAUUUUCGCUGGACAGCAGUGGGUCAGAGCUGCAACUGGACCUAGAAUCCUGUUCCGCACGGCUCCGCCUCCCAGAGCUGGUUCUGGGAACCUCCAUACGGGAGGCGUGGCAGGAUUGCCUGGAACCUCCAGUACCAGGAGGACGUGAUUUGAGUCACCAAACAGAGAGGGAAGGAAGCCCCAAAGACGAGCAAAGCUCGGUGGUCCAGGCGCGCAGUUACAUCACUGAGUCUGAGCUGCACGUAUUUUUGGAAAAAUCACCUAGUGACCUUUCAGGGCCAGAGUCGUCUCAGUAUGACGUCACCCACCUUGGCUCUUCCGAACCUUUGCAAGAACUGAGUACUGACGUCACCGAGGCAACCUUCAAAGGUCCAGUUCCACAGCCGUCAGAGGUUAGGGGGACAUGGCCCACUUUGUGUCCAGCCCAAGUGGCCGCCUGGUUCUUCACUACUCUGGCCACAGUUGCCAAGUCCCUCGUUCCUGUACCGGGGGCCCCGCGCCUGGUGCACGCAGCCCGCCACUCGGGCUUCACCACCAUCCUCCUGGCAACGCCGGGGUCCCCGCGGCACCUAUUGCUCUUCGACUUGAUCCCGGUGGUGUCCGUGGCGGGCUGGCCCGAGGGGGCUCGGAGCCACUCAUGGGCGGGGCCUCUGCCCUCAGAGUCAGCCUCCUUCUACCUGGUACCAGGCGGCGGCACCAACCAGGACGCCUCCAGCUGGCAGCUGUGCUUCGCUCGCCAAGAGCUGGCGCUCAAGACACGCAUACCGGCGCCGCUGCUGCAGGCGCACGCGGCUGCCCAGGCGCUACUGCGCCAACUGGUGGCCGGGACGCGGACCGCGGCGCCCUACCUUCUGCGAACGCUGCUGUACUGGGCUUGCGAGCGGCUGCCGGCGCUCUACCUGGCACGGCCAGAAAAUGCGGGCGCCUGCUGCCUCGGGUUGCUGGAUGAGCUGGGCCGCGUGCUCGAGGCCGGAACACUGCCUCACUAUUUUCUGAGUGUCCGAAAGCUCCGUGCGGGGGAAGGUUCCGCUACUCUCCUGGGGGCGUUGGUCCAGCUCCGCGGGGACCCUGCCCGGGCCCUGCGUGCAGCGGUGGAAGAAGCCAAGGUUGCCCGAAAGGGGGGCGGCUUGGCAGGCGUGGGGAGCGGGGCCCAUUAAAGACUCUACUCCUACCCUCGUGGAAAAUGUUUCUCUUGGCAUGUGAGGCCCUGGCGAGGACUGCU